AUGUCCGCAUUUCAACGCAGCGUGAAAAGUCGUGUGGUUCUCGCGGUAGAUAAUUCGUACCGGGGCCAACCUACUAUUCCCAACGGUGCAAAAUUAUGGUCGGUGGCCAUCGACUCCCUGGACGAUGGAUAUGCUUACAACUUUACCGUCACUCGCUCAAUUGAAGUGCGCUAUUUGAGAGUUGAUUAUGCAAGACUGAGAUCUGCUUUCUCUCUUAAGCGUCUUGGUUCCUACACAAACUCUGUAGACGUCGACGGAGAUGUUACAUUUGUUGCCAACUCACUUUGCGUGGCCCUCCAAAGGUUCAUGUAUAACGGAAGUCAUAGAAUACGGGGUGCAACCUUGCCAGUUGGUAUUUGGAUAAAAUUUGACGAUGGUCCGUCCAUUCAUUUCAAUACCACUUUGAAUGUUGAAGCAGGUCCAACCUACGGCAGUUUAUUCCCGGGGCCGUCUCCUCUUGAUCUGCAUCGGUUCAUUGAUAUGGCGAUAUUGUCUAUGAAUAUCGAAAUACCGUCUCUUAUACCGAAGCAGGUAGAUCAAGAUGUCGCUUCUAUCCAGAACAAAUUAAUAGAGGUUGCUCCGAUCAGCGAUAAAUCAUAUCGAGCUUUGGGCCCUAAAUCUUCCCUUUUUGAUGCAUACCCAAGCCCCAGAUCAUGUUCCUGGACAAGAGACAAGGCAAUCGCAAGGAUGCUUUUACAUGGACAGCAACCAAAUGACGGUAACUCAAAGGUUCUCGUGAUCGGUAAAGAUGAGUCCAUGCGUGUCGUUUGUGCCUUACGUGCAGAAGACGUUGAUGUGCGGUUUCUAGAAUUCGAUGGAAUUUGCUACCGGGGUUCUCAAAAAAACGAAGAGUUCAAUUAUUCCCAAACCGGAGACUACAAGUUUAAAGGCCAACAAUACGAUAUGGUUUUUAUUAACAAGCCAAGUUCCACAAACCAUGCAGUAGAUGCUCGUCAAAAGUGCGAGCUUAUCUCGUCAUUACGCAAAGCCUGCAAGGUUAAAGGAUUGAUAAUUCUGUCUGUCCGUUCGAUGCCCACGAUAUCUGGCGUAUUUGACAUCAUAGAAAUUCCCGAUCAGAGCGCGAUCGAUGAAGAGGCUAUACUAAGUUUUCGGAACACGCUUGGCGGAACACUAGAUCGCGAAGAUCCGCUCAAUUGUGUCAUUCUAGCCACCGUUUAUGUCACCUAUGACGGCGCAAACACGCGGUAUCGACUGAAUCCACCAGAUCAUCCAAUAUACUCAGAAUUUUUCCCCAAACUAUCGGACGAGAGUUAUCAUCUUAUCUGCAAGCGAAAUCAGUGGAGUGAUAUACUUUUGGCUCGGUCAUACCUCACAGCGGCUUUCCAGCGAACCUCCACUAAGCAUGUGCGACAGGCAGAGAACCCUCUACAAUGCUACGCCGCUUUGAAAGUUGGUGCACCUUCGCCACUUCCAAUCGGGUUGGAGAGAAUCUUUCACCCUUCCAGCGCUGAUAGCAUACAAAUUCUUCCACCAUCUUUCUUCUCUCGCAAUCCCCGUUUCCUUGAAAUGGUGGAAGCACGCUACGAUGAAUUGUUGGAUCUAUGUGAUAUCAGUGAAAUUGAUGCUCCUCAAAAGAUCAUAUCCCAGUUUUUGGGCAGUGGCUCUACCGCACUCUUGUACAAUCUUUCUAAAUUUCAUUACAUGCUGAUCAAAUCUGAUGACGACGACGAGAGCAAAGACUACGAUAGAGUGUUGCCGUUUGAAGCAAUGGCAGUCUUAUGCUCGGUAUCAUUCUUCUGCAUCCUACGCAUGUAUCUAUGCGCCUAUAAUGUGAUUCUUAAUACCUCUCUGAACGCCUGGGAUCUCCAGGACUUGCUUUGGAGGCUGACAGCAUUUGGAACAUGGGAAGAGAAGCGGUGGUACAUGGUGAUGAAGUUCCAACAAAUUUUCGAGCCUUCAGUAUCAAUAAACCCGGACGACAGUGAAUAA